AUCUAAAGAUAACAAAGUAAUAAUGGAAACCGAAGCCAAUAACCAUAACUAAAAUGUUUAUGUGAGACUGACACGUUGAAACCUAAGCAUUCUCACCAUCCGAUAAUGUACACUUCGGGCAUUCGACUCGAACUGAUGCGCAAGCCGUUGCCCCAACUUUCUUGUCCAUCUGUUUUAAGGAAUAUUCCUUCUUCCAGCAUUUUAUUAAUUCUCUAUUAUUUUCUUAAUUUAAAUAUCUCAUAUUAUGGAUUUAGACGAAUCUGUAUCAUUUUAAUUUUUGGUGAGAGAAACUUUUACGACUGAGAUUUCUACGCUGUGAUUCUUUCUUCUUCUUCUUUUUUUUUUUUAAUUUUACGUUCAAAAUUUAUCGGAUGGGAUGGGUACCAAUUAUAUGCAGAAAAGAACAACAAAAGAAAUAAGAAAAUAAGAGCCAAGUACAAUUUGAAGAAGGUCAACUCCGAAAUGACUCCCAUGCAAAAUUCUGAAAUUUUCUCCCUCAAACAUAGCCACAUUUUGCGAGUCCACGCCACCCAUGAACCAAGGACGUCCCUCCCAAACUCUUCCACAAGCUACAAUUAAGGAAACAACAAAUCAUCUCUUCUUCUUCCCCAAACUAAUCCUCAAAACUUUAUCCCAACUUUUAAUUCUUAUAAUUAAAACAGUGUCUCUCGCGACUUACCUCCUCAUAUACACGUACCAUCAACUGAAAUAUUUCACCAAUGAGAAAGUUGUGCCCUAACCUAGACCGUGAAGACGGACUUGACACGGUGCUGGAGGUGCCGAUACCCGACGAGAUGCUAGCGAGUAUUGGGAGCACGGCGUCGGCGAGGUGGAAGAACAUGCAGGCGUGGCUCAAGACGCAGGCCUUCGACAAGGCCACCGAAGGGCCGUCGCCCGUAGGGAAAAACACCGAAAUACAACUGCUGCUUAACGUCGUUGGUGUGCCGCUCAUUCCGUGCCCUGUGCCUUUCGAUCAGGCUUUCAGCAAGUCAAUCCGUGAUUGCUCCGUUCAAGCUUCUACGGCCAAAUAUAUCCUCCAACAAUACAUCGCGGCAACAGGGGGGCAGGCUGCUCUACAAAAUCUGAGAAGCAUGUAUGCGAUAGGGACGGUGAAGAUGAGCGCGUCGGAGUUCCACAUGGGAAACCAGAGCGUGGCGACUAACGGACGGGGGGAGAUCGGAGGGUUCGUGCUGUGGCAAAAGACUCCCGAUCUCUUCUACUUCGAGCUCAUCAUGGCUGGCUGCAAGAUGAGCGCGGGGAGCGACGGUAAGGUGGCCUGGAAACAAUCAGCCGAGCAGUCGCACGUGUUGCGGGGCCCACCUAGGCCGUUACGACGGUCACUGCAGGGUUUGGAUCCCAGGGCAACUGCCAACCUCUUCUCUGAAGCAGUUUGUAUCGGCGAAAAGAUAAUCGACGGUGAAGAAUGCUUCAUCCUCAAACGUGAAGCCAAACCUGCAACAUUAAAAGCCCGAAGCGCAUCAAAUUUUGACAUAAUCCACCACACAAUGUGGGGUUACUUCAGCCAACGCACUGGCCUCAUCAUCAAGCUCGAAGAUAACCACCUCCUCCGAAUGAAGGCAGGACGACGAGGUGAGAGCAUAUUUUGGGAGACGAGCAUGGAAUCUGUGAUCAAAGAUUACAGGUAUAUUGAUGGGAUCAAUAUUGCUCAUGGCGGAGAGACUGCAGUCACAUUGUUUAGGUAUGGAGAAGGGUCUAUUAAUCAUAAGAGGAAGUUGGAGGAGGCGUGGACUAUUGAAGAGGCUGAUUUCAAUUUGUGGGGGUUGACUAUGGACUGCUUCUUGCCUCCUUCUGACUUGAAGAAGGAUGAUUGAGCAUUUGCCGUCAUGAUUGUAGAUCUUCGUGUAUGCUUUUUGGUAGAAAUGUAUUUUUAACCCUAAACAUAUUAUUUUA